GAGACCAGUGAGAUUAGCAGCAGCGCGGAGCAGCAGCCUUUCUGCUGCCCUGACUUUUUAAGAAAUCUCAAUGAACUAUUUGUAAGGAAUCGCUGAUCUUGCCUGCAAGCAUUUUGCACGGCAGAGACAUCGAUCACUGUUCAGUGAAGAUCACAUUUUAUGUGAAAUCUUGACUUUUUUUUGGUCUUACAUUAUAUUUUUAUAGAUUUUGUUAUAACCAUGGUGCUGGGAAAGGUUAAGAGUUUGACAAUAAGCUUUGACUGUCUUAAUGACAGCAAUGUCCCUGUGUAUUCUAGUGGGGAUACAGUCUCAGGAAGGGUGAAUUUAGAAGUUACUGGGGAAAUCAGAGUAAAAUCUCUUAAAAUUCAUGCAAGAGGACAUGCGAAAGUACGCUGGACCGAAUCUAGAAACGCCGGCUCCAAUACUGCCUACACACAGAAUUACACUGAAGAAGUAGAAUAUUUCAACCAUAAAGACAUCUUAAUUGGGCACGAAAGAGAUGAUGAUAAUUCCGAAGAAGGCUUCAACACUAUUCAUUCAGGAAGGCAUGAAUAUGCAUUCAGCUUUGAGCUUCCACAGACACCACUUGCUACCUCAUUCGAAGGCCGACAUGGCAGUGUGCGCUAUUGGGUGAAAGCCGAAUUGCACAGGCCUUGGCUUCUACCAGUAAAAUUAAAGAAGGAAUUUACAGUCUUUGAGCAUAUAGAUAUCAACACUCCUUCAUUACUGUCACCCCAAGCAGGCACAAAAGAAAAGACUCUCUGUUGCUGGUUCUGUACCUCAGGCCCAAUAUCCUUAAGUGCCAAAAUUGAAAGGAAGGGCUAUACCCCAGGUGAAUCAAUUCAGAUAUUUGCUGAGAUUGAGAAUUGCUCUUCCCGAAUGGUGGUGCCAAAGGCAGCCAUUUACCAAACACAGGCCUUCUAUGCCAAAGGGAAAAUGAAGGAAGUAAAACAGCUUGUGGCUAAUUUACGAGGGGAGUCAUUAUCAUCUGGAAAAACAGAGACGUGGAAUGGCAAAUUACUGAAAAUUCCACCAGUUUCUCCAUCUAUUCUUGACUGUAGUAUCAUUCGUGUAGAAUAUUCACUAAUGGUAUAUGUGGAUAUUCCUGGAGCUAUGGAUUUAUUUCUUAAUUUGCCACUUGUCAUCGGUACUAUUCCUCUACAUCCAUUUGGUAGUAGAACCUCAAGUGUGAGCAGUCAAUGUAGCAUGAAUAUGAACUGGCUUGGCUUAUCCCUACCCGAAAGACCUGAAGCACCACCAAGUUAUGCAGAAGUGGUAACAGAGGAACAAAGGCGGAAUAAUCUUGUACCAGGCAGUGCUUGUGAUGACUUUGAGAGAGCACUUCAAGGACCAUUGUUUGCAUAUAUCCAGGAGUUCAGAUUCUUGCCUCCACCUCUUUAUUCAGAGAUUGAUCCAAACCCUGACCAGUCAACAGAAGAUAGACCAUCAUGCCCCUCUCGUUGAACGAAUACUUGUUUAAAUCAAGUUGAUAUGGGUUCCGAACUAUCUCUUCCUGGCUGAGGACAGAGGAAGUAUCUUGGAGACACGUUUUCAGAGGAAGUGGAAUUGCUUUUGCCCAGAAAAAAAUGGCAAAUACACGAAACAACCAGCGAUCAUGCUUUAGAAGCCAACAGCAACAUUCUGAGACUGCUCCAACAUGCUUGAAGAUCUAAGCUUUUCUCUUAAAACUGGCACAUACUAAGAGCAGUCUUCUUAGCCUAUGGUCAUAUGUGUCAAGAUACCAUGUUGUAAAAGAGGGAUGUUGUCCUUCUUUUGAUUUGAAAAUUUGCACAUGCUCAAUGCUUACAUUGUGCGGUUCGAUGUCACUACAGCUUUCCCACCCUCCCCAGUUACACCAGACUGUUGAUCCUCUUUUAAAACUUGUUUGUGGCCAGCACAACAAGAACAGAAGAAAAGCUUUGAAGAAACUUUUAACAUGGAAAAAAAAACAACCAACAAAAUACGCACUGACUUUUUUUUUUAUUUAAUAUAGCCUGGACUUUACCUGCGUAUGCACAUGCUCAGAAUUGUCCUUCUAGGCUGACCAUGUAUCACCUCUUCAGCUUGGAUCCUAUUUGUGGAUUUAUUUACAAACAUCAAAUGCCUUCAAGCCAAUCCUUCUUGCUGUAUGUUUUGCAGCCUACUGUAGUAGAUACGCAACAGAUGAGUGGAAAAAAAGAUGAGAGGAGGAAGCUAAUAAGAGACUUUGUCAAGAUUGUAUACCUUCUUGGUUUCUUUUAAGAAUUUGUUGCCUUUCUACUAUUUCAGCAAAGCAGCAUUUUGUUACUGACUGCCUAAAAUCACUUAAUCUCAGGUGAACGCAUCACUUGCCAAACUGUUGGAAUGCUAUUUGUGUUUUGUUGCACUGUUUUUUGUUUUGUUUUGUUCUGUUCAAUUGUUGUCGUUGUUAUUGUUUGGUUGGCUUUUUAGAGAGGGAAAUUUGGAAAAGGGACAUACACAAAAGUGAUAACCCACCCACAUUCCCUUUUUAUCAUGAUACAUAUGAGACGAAUUAGCAGAGCUAAGAAUUAAAGGAAGGCAGUAUGGCAGGCACCAGCAGAGGGAAGGGCUGAUGCUCUUAAGAAUUAUUUUUAUUUUUAUUUUGGAAGUAUAAACGUUUCUAAUCAGCAGAGAAAGUAAGGGACAAUGCAUUUCUUUUCAUAACAGAGUUCAUUACUUCUAACACAUGUUGAAAAUUUUGCUGGAGGAAAGCUCUUUAAUGAACAAGAAUAUGUUAAAGUCAUAACUAGAGAGCUCAGUGUCAUUAAGUUGGCAGCAUGAAAACCCAGGGUUUUUUUCUGAAAAUGUGUAAAUUCAAAAUUAAAAGUGCCAUGUGUGCUGGGGUAAUUAAGAUUUUUUUUUUUUUAAUGAAAAUACUUUUU